GUACAAAUUUUAGAAGUAUGAAAUUGUGUUUUUAUCGCUCAAUGGCUUUUGAUUUUAUUCGAUUUUCUUAAUAAUCUCAAGUAUUAUUAUGAUAAACUAUCUUUUGGGUAAAGAUAUUAGCCUAUAAUUAAUAUAUCGUUAUUGUAUGAGUAAGAUUAGAGCUUUGAUGUGCGAAUAUGGCGUCAUCUCUAUUUUCUAUGGCUAUUAAACCAUUUAAAAAUAAAUCAACUGGAAAUAUAGAAAGUAUUGAAGAUUCAACAGCACAAAUUGAUUCUGUUACGGAACAGCAUAAGAAUAAUGAAUAUCUUGAUAGAGGCAUUAGAAAAGACCAUUGGAAACCGAGUUCUUUAAGAGAUACUUGCUACGGUUGUAACAAACCCUUCUCAUUUACAGAAAGACACCAUCAUUGCAGAAGAUGUGGAGAUUUAUUUUGCAUCAAAUGUUCAAGAUUUAGGACAAAAUUGAAUAAUAGCGCAUUACCAGAUAUAAAUGGUAGAUUGCAAAAAGUCUGUGAAAAUUGUAUAGAAAAAGAUCCACAAGAAAUUGGACAUUCGUAUAAACAUACAGAUGUAUUUUAUGCUCUUCGCCAUAAACUCCAUGGCGAUUCAUCAUCAUCUGGUAGUAAAAGAAGCCAUGGUAGUAGUAAAACAUUUAACUUUGACGAAGAAUUAGAAAGAAUAAAAGAAGGAAUGAGAAACCAUGCUAAAAAGUUUAUUUUAGUUAAAGCUGUUAUGGAUUUAAAAAAUUUGGUUAGAACCCCAACGUGGUUAAAACCUGCUAGGUGUAUGAUAACAAAACUUCAAGCGUCUUGUACGACUUGUAAUAAGGAAUUUGGAAUUUUACAAGCAAGAAACUUUUGUUCAAUAUGCGCUAAUUCCAUAUGCGUUGCCUGUUCAUCGGCAGACGAUGUUAUUGUUUACAUUCCAGAUAUAACUGGUUCAUGUACAGUUGAAAUAUCUGUUGUAAGAGUAAUAGGAGCCCCGGAGAAGGAGCCCGAACAAUGCUUCUACGUCACUGUGUGCACAAAUUGUAAAAACGAAUUAGAAAGUAGACAAUUGAGUAAGAUAGAACAAGAUAAUGUAGAAGAUCUUACAGGAAAUUGGUGGUUGGAUUUCUUAAAUAUUAGAGAUAAAUUUAAAGGCGUUGAAAGACAAAUUGAUAUUUAUCUUCCAAAAUAUCAAGACAUGAUUGAAGCCCUCGACGACAAGAGGAAAAUCGUUAACAAUAAUGAGAAAAGCAAUAUCCAAAUAUUGGCAAAAGCUCAAGGAGACUUGAAUGACCAUUUUUCCACUUUCAUUCUUACUGUUCAAAAGUUGAAACAGUUUAAGCCAGUGACAAAAAGUCAAAUGGGAGUCUUUAAGAAUUUUAUUAGGGCUAAAUGCGAAUACUAUCAGGAGAAUAUCUUUCUAUUUAGGCAAAGUAAAAAUAAGCUAGAAAAGCUUGCUCCUAUUGAAACAUUAAAAGCUAUUCAAGACAUUGUUAACAGAAACGCGAUGAAUAGUGCUUAUUUGGGAAUUACUCAAUUAGCAUAUGAAACUCUUCAUCUAGCAACAAUGCAUUCGCUUCCACAAGAUAUAUUCAAAAAUUUAGCUUCCGUUCAAGAUGAAAUGGAAAAGGACCUUGAAAAUUGUAUAAUUAUCACUGGAGAUAAUUGGCUAGAACACAAAAAGUUGGCUGAAAAAUUGAUUGAACAGCAAAUAAAGACGCAUAGAUUUAUAAAGCCUUCUAAAGCCCUUGUAAAUAAAUACGGAAAACGUUAUCUGAUAACAAUGAAAAGAGAUCGAUGUAAGAAUAUUCUUGAACAAGUAUCAAUGCAUCUAGAGAGUAAAAGUUCUCAUAGAGAAUUUCAAAAGUCGAAAGAAGCAUUAAAAACUAUUAUUCAUGAAAUGAAUUUAGUAGAGAGUUAAUUGACUAUAUCUAUAACUUUAUAUACUAAUAUUAGUAUAUAUAUAAAUUACUUUUUAUAUGUUUAUACAUAUACGUAUAUCUUGUUACUUUGAAC